ACAGUUACGCAUAAGAGAAAAUAAUAGUUUCUGUCUCAAUCAUUUGAUCUUAGUUUUCUCUCCCUUCCAAUCACAGCGAUCUCCAAAAUUAGGGUUUUGUGAUUUCUUUCUAACUGGUUUGUUCCCAAUUUUUAUUUCCUUUCUUCUUCUUCUUUUUGUCGUUUUGUCUGCAGUUCGAAUCAAAAUUCUUGCAGGCGAUGAAGUUUCGAUCAGAUUAUCACUGAAUUUGAAACAACUAAAAUAAAAAUAAAUUUGGAUACUGUUGGUUUCGAGUCAAUAAUUUUUGAAUCGUGGUGUCACUGCAAAUUCUGUGUUUUUUUCACUCGUUAUUUUGAAAUUUGAUUGAAGUUUGGUUUUGAUGUUUUGUUAAUCUUGACCGGGUUAGUGUUUAAAAGGGAUUGCGAAAAAGUCAAAUUUUCACCGUUUUUGUUUACUAGUGUUUCUUGAUCUUCCCAGAACCAGUUCUUGAUCGGGUUUUAUUUUAAUUUUUUACUUAGUAAAUAUAUAAUUGAAUUUGAAUCUUACUAGUUACUUACACAUGCAUUUGUUGAAAGCGUUUCAAGAAAAUCUAGUUAUUGAAUCACCAUUAAUAUCUUGUGUUUUGGCUAUGUAGUUACUGAUUUAGAGCUUAUUCACUCUUUCUAUUUCUAUCUUGCUUUGGAUUCUUUCUGUUAUUUUUUCCUCCUCCACGAAAAGAAUUUACCUUUUGAAUUUGUUUGACUUAACCCCUAAUUCUUUCUGUUGUAUAUGUGGAAAGGAAAGGAAGAUCAAGAAGAAGGACUGUGGUUAAUCUACAUCUAAUUCAAGUCAUGAAGCCACAAACAUCAUCUUUGAAUCCAUAUGCAGCUGCUUAUAUUCCUCUCUCUAAAAGGGAGGCAGCUGGUAGAACAUCUUUGACAGAAAAAGAUUCCAAGAAUUAUGAUGGAACUGUUUGGUUUCAGACUCAUCAUGAAACCGCAAAUGAUCAGAAACAUAUCGACUCUAGCUCGGAAAGGCUCUUGAAACCGGACGCUUUUCUAGUGAAAAGCCAGCCUGCUUCAAGCUCCUACACCUCACCAUCACGGAAUGCGGCAGAGUUGACAGAUAAGCAGUUGCUAGAUGAAGACCUUGAUAUGGAUAUAGAAUGUCUUAGGAUGGCAUUUCCUGGUAUAUCUGAUCAGUCCCUUUUAGAUGUCUAUAAUGUAAACCAGGGUGACUUGGAUGCUGCUAUUGACAUGCUCAGCCAACUUGAGUACGGUGUUGAAUCUUCUGGAAGUCUUCCAGAGACACUGGAUAUUGGUGAUGUUUCAGAAUCUGGAUUAUCAUCUGAUUCUGCUUCAUUGAAACAGAAGAAUGUAGCAGGCGAAGCCAGUGCUUCAUCUAGUCACAUGGCAUCAGCCAAUGUCUCGUGAAUUGGUUUGUUAUUCACAAUUGGUUUGGUUGGAUAUAAUAAGUGUAAAAAUAGGAAAAUAUUAGUGGUGACGUCUCACUCAUGGAUUUUAUGGUUUGUAUAGUUCCCAGCUUUGUCUUGUUUUGCUUAUUGUGGUUUGAAAUGCUUUCUUUUGAUGAUUUGCUUGUGCCUCUUGCAAUCGUGACCCUUUCAAUUGCAUGAAUUGGUGAAUUGGAAGGCCCUGAAGGGAAUCCAGAGAGAGAGAGAGAGAGGUAAAAGAAAAACACAUAAGUAAAGGUGAUUUUCGCUUGGGACAGAUAAGUGGUUUGUUGACUUGCUGGAUUGUACCAUGGUGAGAGCUACUUUGGAGCUUUUGCAAUAGAUUACAAUACAACAUCUUUAUUAUCUUAAAGUUCAGUUGAGUGCUAAAGAUAAUGUUAUAUAUGAGGAAACUCUCAAAUUGGUCUUUGAAAUUGUAUGGAUUGGGCAAUUAGUCCUUCAAAUUAUAAAAUAUACUUGAUAGGUCUUGAU